GUCACCCCGGCGUUCCAUUUUAUGAAGUCCAACGAGACUCUCGGCAUUUUGCAGGUACCGCGCGCACCCCCCUAACCGAACCGGGAGAUCUCCAUUAAAACUCCUUUCUCUACCCAAGGAAUGCUUGUGAAGAAAUGAUAAAAUCGAUAUAUGAUUCUUGAUAGGAUGGUUCAUUUUAUGCGGUCCAUAGCUGACUGAUUGGAUGUGGGGCAAUCUCUUGUUAUUAUUUGGGACUUGAAAGCCUAUUUCAUGAGGGGCUGUCUCCCUGUGAAGGCAAUUGUUAUGAAGUGCUUGAGUAAUAUUUCAUGUCAUGGUUGAGUAUUGUAGGAUAAUUUUUGAAGCGUGGGCUCUUAGUCGAAGAUGAGGCGGUGCAUCUACAUCAAUGAUAGUGACUUGACUUUGGAUCUUUAUUGUGACAACCGAAUAUCAAACAGAAAAUAUACACUGUUGAAUUUUCUUCCAAAAAAUCUAUGGGAGCAGUUCAGUCGGUUCAUGAACAAGUACUUCCUGCUGAUUGCAUGCCUUCAAUUAUGGCCGCUUAUAACACCUGUCAAUCCUGCAAGUACAUGGGGUCCACUCAUCUUUAUAUUUGCAGUCUCAGCCACAAAAGAGGCCUGGGAUGACUACAACAGAUAUCUCUCCGACAAGCAAGCCAAUGAAAAAGAAGUAUGGGUUGUAAAGCAGGGAACUAGAACACGUGUUCAAGCGCAGAACAUUCGUGUUGGCAACAUAGUAUGGCUACGUGAGAAUGAUGAAGUUCCAUGUGAUCUUGUUCUUAUUGGUACUUCUGAUCCUCAGGGUGUAUGCUUUGUCGAGACUGCAGCCCUUGAUGGUGAAACUGAUCUGAAGACACGGGUCAUUCCUUCUGCAUGUGCGGGAAUUACAUCUGAAUUGUUGCACAGAAUUAAGGGUGUCAUUGAAUGCCCUUAUCCAGAUAAGGAUAUUAGAAGAUUUGAUGCUAAUAUAAGGCUCUUUCCACCUUUUAUAGAGAAUGAUUUGUGUCCCUUAACAAUCAAUAAUACAUUGUUACAAUCUUGUUACUUGAGGAACACGGAAUGGGCAUGUGGAGUAGCUGUUUACACAGGUAAUGAGACAAAGUUAGGCAUGAGCAGAGGCAUACCUGAACCCAAACUUACAGCUGUAGAUGCCAUGAUUGACAAAUUGACAGGAGCAAUAUUUUUAUUUCAACUGGUAGUAGUCAUUGUUCUUGGGAUAGCUGGCAAUGUUUGGAAAGAUACUGAAGCUCGCAAGAAGUGGUAUGUUCAGUAUCCAAACGAAAGUCCAUGGUAUGAAUUUGUUGUCAUUCCUCUGCGUUUUGAGCUUUUGUGCUCAAUCAUGAUUCCCAUAUCAAUAAAGGUAUCUUUAGAUCUUGUGAAGAGUUUAUAUGCCAAAUUUAUUGAUUGGGAUGAGGAGAUGUACGACCCAGAUAGUGGUACUCAUGCCCAUGCUACGAAUACAGGAAUCAGCGAGGACUUGGGGCAGGUUGAGUACAUUUUGACUGAUAAGACAGGGACUCUUACUGAAAACAAAAUGAUUUUCAGAAGAUGUUGUAUUAAUGGUGUUUACUAUGGCAAUGAAACUGGAGAUGCAUUGAAAGAUGUAGAAUUACUCCGUGCUGUUGGCUGCAAUUGUCCAGAGGUUAUCAAAUUUCUUACAAUUAUGGCAGUUUGCAAUACAGUUGUACCACUUAAGAGUAAGAAUGGAGAAGUCUGUUAUAAAGCACAAUCCCAGGAUGAGGAAGCUCUUGUUCUUGCUGCUGGUCGCUUGCAUAUGGUUCUUGUUGACAAAACUGGGAAUAUGCUUCAAGUGAAGUUUAAUGCUUUGACAUUGCAAUAUGAGAUCUUGGACACUCUUGAGUUCACCUCUGAUCGGAAGCGGAUGUCAGUGGUCGUUAAGGACUGCCAAUCUGGAAAGAUCAUUCUCCUUUUGAAGGGGGCUGAUGAAGCAAUUCUUCCUUGUGCAUGUUCCGGACAACAAAUAAGGACAUUUGUUGAAGCUGUAGAACAGUAUUCACAACUAGGGUUACGGACUCUCUGCUUGGCAUGGCGUGAAUUGACACAAGAUGAAUAUCAUGAAUGGUCACUGUUGUUUAAAGAAGCAAGUGGUACAUUAGUAGAUAGAGAGUGGAAAAUAGCCGAGGUUUGUCAGCGGUUGGAGCGUGAUCUUGAAAUUCUCGGUAUCACUGCUAUCGAAGAUCGUCUACAGGAUGGUGUUCCAGAAACAAUUGAUAUACUCAGAAGAGCUGGGAUUAACUUUUGGAUGCUGACUGGUGAUAAACAGAAUACAGCCAUUCAAAUUGCACUCUCUUGCAAUUUCAUUUCUCCAGAGCCAAAAGGUCAACUUUUACUGAUUCAUGGGAAAACUGAAGAAGAAGUCUCAAGAAGCUUAGAAAGGGUUCUACUUACGAUGCGGAUUACUACUUCAGAGCCAAAGGAUGUUGCAUUUGUCGUCGAUGGUUGGGCUCUUGAAAUGACUCUUAAGCAUCAUCGUGAGGCCUUUACACAAUUAGCUCUAUUGUCAAGGACAGCUAUUUGUUGCCGUGUUACUCCAUCACAGAAAGCUCAGCUUGUGGAACUUUUAAAGAGAUGUGACUACAGGACGCUUGCAAUAGGAGAUGGUGGAAAUGAUGUACGAAUGAUACAAAUGGCUGACAUAGGUGUUGGUAUUAGUGGAAGAGAAGGUCAACAAGCAGCCAGAGCUGCUGAUUAUAGCAUUGGGAAAUUUAGAUUUCUCAAAAGAUUGAUACUUGUUCAUGGGAGAUAUUCAUAUAACCGCACUGCUUUUCUGUCCCAGUAUUCCUUCUACAAGUCGUUGCUGGUUUGUUUUAUCCAAAUAUUUUUCUCUUUUAUUUCAGGUGUCUCGGGAACCAGCUUGUUCAACUCUGUGAGCUUGAUGGCUUACAAUGUUUUCUACACUAGUAUACCAGUGUUGAUGAAUGUCCUUGACAAAGACCUUCAUGAAAAAACAGUGAUGCAACACGCACAAAUAUUAUAUUAUUGCCAAGCGGGAAGGCUAUUAAACCCAAGCACAUUUGCUGGAUGGUUUGGCAGAUCACUUUUUCAUGCACUUGUCGUAUUCAUUGUAACUAUACAUGUUUACUCUGAUGAGAGAAGUGAAAUGGAAGAGCUAUCUAUGGUUGCAUUGUCGGGAUGCAUAUGGUUGCAAGCAUUUGUUGUGACUCUUGAAACAAACUCCUUCACGCUAUUGCAACAUCUUGCUAUUUGGGGGAACCUUGUUGCCUUCUAUAUCAUUAAUUUUUUGGUCAGUACCAUUCCAUGGGCUGGGAUGUACACAGUGAUGUUCCGAAUCUGUGGUCAGCCAGCUUACUGGGUAACCAUGAUGCUUCUAGUGAUCGUUGGUAUGGCUCCAGUUCUAGCUCUAAAGUACUUCCGCUACACAUAUAGGUCAAGUACCAUUAAUAUACUGCAACAGGCAGAGCGUUUGCGUGCACCCUACCUGCCUCUUGGGAACAUGGAGUCGCAGUCAAGGACUACUGAGAAGGAAGUCAUUCCAAUGUCGAUAACGCUACCGAAGAGCAGGAACUCAGUAUAUGAGCCUUUACUAAGUGAUUCCCCAUCUGCCAUAAGAAGAGCUUCAGGGGUGUCAGCAUCAUUUGAUGUCUUUAAUGCUAGCCCUUCUAGACUGUCUUCUACAUAUUCAAGAAAUUAUAAGAGUAACUGAGGAUUUGGUGUUUCUUUGUUUUGAGGGGUGGGUAAAGCACAAGCUUUUUGUAAUUGUGGAUGACAUAUAUAAAGCUACGUUGACUACUCAUGCGUAAGGGUGAGCCAUUGUCUAACUGGAAGCUAAUCAUUUGUGGAUUCUGUACAAUGAUAUGGAAUAAAGAGGUCCUUGGGACUCGGAUUGCCUACCUCGGCCAAAUUCAGGGAGAUUACAUAAGAUGGAUGAUUGCCAACCUAAUUCCAGUUUUCCAGUUGUUGCUGUCGGCUGCUCUCUCCAUAAGUGUUACUAGCUUGGCGUCGAGACGUUGGAUACUCCUGAAGAAUGUCGCUAAUACUGGAAAAGAGUAUUUAUAGCCAUGAAUGUAUCCUGGAAUCUCCUUGUUGAUCAGAUCCCCAUCGGGAGAGCUAUCCAAAAAUGGUUGUGCAAUCAAUAUAUAUACAGUGUAAUUUUUUAUAGCUUUUUUGUUAUUUUGAAGGCUAACCAGUGAGGUUCCUCCUACCAAUGUUCUUAUAAUCGCACAUGAUUUCUCUUGCCUUCAAACCCUGUUGGGUUGAGUUUCGAUGCAGAAUACACAUUGUAACAUUUAACUACUUACAGUGGUAUCGGUGUUCAAUAUAUAAAUUGGGAAGAUGUUGCAUUGCGGAU